GGCUGGACCCUAAAUACCGGAGGUUCUAUAUAUCCGGUAAUACCGUUUCAAAACAGGCGGCAACACUGUAUCAAAGUCUUGGCGCGCAGCCGGGAACUGUGCGAUGAAAAUCAUCAGGCCGUUUGCUGUCGACGACGACGAGCCCGCCAUAUUCCCCGCCACCCUUUCUAUCAACGUCCGCGGAUCAAGAGAUAGUUUUCUCUUCACGAAUACCAGAGAGCAGUUGUGUCCAGCUGCUCUAAUAUCCAUCAGAUUCCGAUCAGGCCAACAUGAGGCCUAUUUUGCUGCAGGGCCAUGAACGGUCCCUGAACCAGAUCAAAUAUAACCGCGAUGGCGAUCUGAUUUUUUCGGCCGCGAAGGACAAGAUUCUUUGCGCCUGGUUUUCCGCCAACGGUGAACGACUUGGAACCUACCAAGGCCACCAGGGUGCUAUCUGGACGGUGGAUGUCAGCCCUGAUACUGUUCUGCUGGCGAGUGGUGCAGCAGACAACACGGUUCGACUAUGGAAUGUCAAGACUGGUGACUGUGUUAAGGUCUGGGAUUUCCCUACGGCGGUUAAGCGGGUUGAGUUCUCCCCGGAUGGGAGCCGGUUGCUUGCUGUGACGGAGAAGCGUAUGGGUUACUUGGGAACGAUCGUUGUAUACGACAUCCAAUAUGGCGAAAACCUGGAGGACCAGACCGACGAGCCCAGCCUGAAGAUCACCUGUGAGGAGAGCAAGGCCACUGUCGCAGGAUGGAGUUACCUGAACAAGUACAUCAUUGCCGGACACGAAGAUGGCAGCGUCAGCCAGUAUGAUGCGAAGACUGGAGAGCAACUGGAGAAUGUCCAGGCGCACGAGUUCGACAUGCUGGUUAGCGAUAUCCAAUUCUCCGCCGACCGCACAUACUUCAUUACUGCUUCGAAAGAUAAGAGUGCAAAGAUCUUGUCUGCGCGCAAUCUCGCAAUCCUGAAGACCUACCCCUCUGAUACCCCUCUCAACACCGCUUCCAUCACGCCCAAGAAGGACUUCGUGAUCCUUGGUGGUGGUCAGGCCGCUAUGGAAGUCACAACGACCUCCGCCCGUCAGGGUAAAUUCGAGGCUCGAUUCUAUCACAAGAUCUUCGAAGACGAGAUCGGCCGUGUACGUGGCCACUUCGGUCCCCUGAACACCAUCGCCGUCCACCCCGCCGGUACCUCCUACGCCUCUGGUGGAGAGGAUGGUUACGUCCGUGUCCACCACUUCGACAAGCCUUACUUCGAUUUCAUGUACGAAGUUGAGCGAGAGCAGCUGAGACGGUGAAUUUUCUUAAAAGACGGGGAAAAAAACAAGAAAAAACUAUAGACGGGUCAGGCUCCCACGGGGAGCCAAAAGAGUUUUCGGUCGUUCAGAUCUGAAAAAAAUGUCUGGCACAGUGUAUUGCAUGUAUUCACGACAAACGAGAGCAGGUACCUUCUUCUUUUUCUUCUAAGAGCAGAAAGAAAGAAAAAAAAGAGUACACGGGACGGAUGACCUUAAGAGUUUUCUAAAUUACCAGGGGAAAUGGGGCUUUUUCCCGGUUCGUUUCUAUUUACAUCACAACUCGGAGUUGGUAUCAUUGUCCUGUCU